AUGGCUGCUCUUACCAUGACUCCUCCGGCCGUACGACAGCCCUUUGCCCCUCUGGAUGCUCCCCGUAUGCGUUCCUUGAUGCGGUCCAAGAUGAACGUGCUGAACAAGCAGAACGGCACAAUGCUCUCAGGAAAGCGUCAGCCCCUCGCUGAAUCAGAUUCGGAGAAUAUCGACCCAAUAGCAUGCAAGUCGACGAAGCGAAAGCGUGCUGCCGACGACGAUGACCACGAACCCGUCAAGCCUGUCAAGAGCCCUAUGAAGCCAAUGAAGUCUUCUCGCAUUGCAUUUAGUAUCCUCGAGGACCCUGUUACACCAUCCACUCCCACAAAGACUACCAAGGCCACUCCCAAGUCUGCACCACUUAAGCCCGCUGGGCGUUCUCCCCAGAUGAAGGCGUCCAAGCCUUUUGCUCGCCGUGCAACAGCAUCAAAGGGUCGCCCAGAGUCUGCCCGAAAGGGUGUCAGCCGUCCCUUCUCUAUCUCAGCUGCGCUGUCCAAUGGCAAAUCCAAGAGUCAGUCAGCUCCCGCUACCAAGAUGCCGGCAUCCUGGUUCUUUGAAAUCCAUGUCGACUCGGAGCAGGAGGAAAUGACCAACAUGAUGCAACACUCAACAUGUGUGUUGGAUAUCAGCGAUGAUGAGGGAAAGCAGGAGGAAAUGUCCGAUCACCGUGGAAAAGAGAACAUCCCUCCCGCCGACCUGGGUCUCUCCCUUCCCCGCUCUCGUCAACAAGAGUCCCCUGCUGCGGCGGCUCGCAAGUCUGACAUGGUGGAUGAGCCUCGCUCCCCAUUGGGUGAACUCAAUGCCGCCGACUACUACGGCGAUGAUUGCCACGCUUUCUCGUACGCUGUUGUCUACGAGGAUGACGAGGCGGAUGCGGCUGUUGUGAAAAAGCCUGCCGCUUCUUUCCCCCGCCCUACCCACCCAAGCCGGAGUAAGCUUUCGAGCAUGUCAUCUAUUGAGUCCGUGCUGGAAGCUGCCAGCCCAGUGAAACCCACAGUCGACGUCAACCCCGAAUCUUCAGGUAAUAUUGAGAUUUGGGAGAGCGAAAGCGCUGGUGAGGAAGCUGCUGAGGAAUCCUCAGUGCCUACCACCGCGUAG